GUCGUUCAGUUUAGUUCGCAAACUGUAUAAUAGAUUGUAAAUCAUUGCAAAGUUUUUUGAUUUAAACUAUUCAUUAAUUUCUUAUACAAAAUGAAAGUUUUGAUAGUUUUAGCCGUUUUUGGGCUCAUUUAUUAUACCAGUGCCGUACCGCUGACCAAACGUGACAUCAAAGAGGAUCUCCUAAAACGGGCCACUGAUCUGGAAAAGGCCGGUCAGGACUUCAGUAAGAAGCUCAGGGAUGAGGGAAAGAAAGUGGAGGCAGACGUAGUGGACAAGGAG